UCCCUUUUCGAACUCAGGUAGUUCAGACAAGUUCCAUUUUCUAACUUGAAGGCACAGUAUUCCCACGCUUUACACCUUGUUCCACACAGUGUGUCCCACUAUGUAGACAUUUUUCAGUUUCAAGAAAGAAAAAAAAAAAAUUUUUGUAAUUUAUUAUUUAUCAACUUUUCCCCAAUCUUCAUUUUCUACGUUUGAUGUGAAGAAAGUGCAACAAGUGUUUUUAGUACAGUGAAGGUCGUAAUAAUACUGGCGAGUGUUUGUGUGUGAGUGUAUGUAUAUAUUUACAUAUAUACAUAUAUAUAUAUAUAUAUAUAUAUAGUGUAUGGGAUAUUUAUUUAUUCUGCAUGAGGAUUAAGUGCUGGCAAUCGAAAAUGUUUUAAAAAUAAUCUUCCAGUGUGUACGAUGUGGUUUAAUAUUAGUCAAAAGCCAUGAGUAAUUCGAAUAGAAUGAACCAGUUUCUUCAGCGAACAACGAUAAAAACCGAUGGAGAAGAAAAAAUUUCACCUGAAAUUGAAUGUUUCGAAGGCACGAGACUAAGGAGUACAAUACAAUCGAGACGAAAGAACAUCAACAACAACAACAACAUCAAUUCAUGUGAAAGUGCAAACAGGUCAUCAUUAUUAUUUCGAAGAAGCAGCUUAUCAAGAAAAUCAUCGUACAAGAAAUUCUCAAUAUCCCGUGAGCAACCACUAAUGAAACCAAUCAAGUAUCAAACUUCAAAAACUCUCACAAGACCCAUACCACCGCAAUCGUUAAGUAUCAAAACUCACGAUAAUACCCCAUGCCAAAUUAUGGAGCCAAUGAGAAAGUCAAAAACUUUACCGGCUUCAUUAGCAAACUCCCCCAAUGUUGAGCAUAUUGUUCGUGAAUUUGAAUCUGGUUUCAUGUCGCCGAGAUCAAACUUUGAUACAACAUCCGGAAACUUUGUCAAGAGGAUCGUCGCUGCAUUCGAGGAAAAAUACAAAUACAACAACGUUGAAGAAUGCUCAGAGAAAGUUUCAGAAAAAUUAAGAGAUUCCCGUAUACAUCGUCAUUCGUUUUCAAAUAUUUGUCAAACCCUCCAUUUUGCAAAUAUCGAAAUUUCCAAGUGUUCCAGUGAUAUUUCAUGUACGAGUGAAAAUAAGGAUUCUUCGUUAGAUACAAAUUCGACAAGAUCGAUUAGUUCGGAUAUUGAUUUUUCCUUGGAGACAAAAACGAACUGUGUCCAAAGAGAUCCAAAGGUCGAUCACUAUGGACAGGAAGCAAAAAUUCACCACAUUCAAAGGGAUCCUAAAAUCGAUCUCUAUUACGACUUGUAUUCGAAGACUGAUUUUGAGACCUUGAAACCGAAGUCGAAUUUUCAGGACGAAAUUGAUUCGGGUGAGAAUCUACGAGCAUCAAAGAUCGAGCAGUACCUCGACAGAAAAAGUCUCCAGGAAGACGAGUCCUCGACCCUAAAGCGAAAGGAGCGAGCACCGAUAAUUAUUGGCGCCUUCCUCAAGAAACCGGUAAAAGUCGAGGAAAUAUCUGUCAAUUGGAUACCAUUUCCAGGCAAGAAGCUGCCGAGAAAGAAGUCAUUGAAGAAAUUACUCUCGACACUAAGUGGCAAGAGGUGCAACGAGAAGAAGAAGGAAGUCGUCUUCUCCUCUCAAGUCAAUAUUAAUGAGGAGAAUCGCGAACUACCCGAUUCUGGUUAUGAUGAACAGUCACUGUCGUCAUCUUCCCUGACAUCCAUCACCUCGAAUCAAGAGUCAUCGUUAUCAUCGAGUGGGAAAUCAAAUCAAGUUCGUUGCGACGAGGAGCAGAAGAGAAGGGACAGAAUUUACGCCAACAGCAGUGCAGUUGGUAAUUGGACAACAAUGCCAAUGUUUAAUCGCAAAUCGACUAAUUUAUCCACUUUUCAGUCUUGUGGAAAUAGUACAGGAAGUAGUGGUCAGGUUAGUGGACCUAGCAACGGAAACAGGAUAUUUUUGUACGAAAUUCCUAGGGAUGAGGUAAAAGUUGAUCUUGGACCUUGUUAUCCCUCGCCGAGUAAAAUUAUGGUCAAGUCCCUCGAUAGGAAACUAAAGGGAAAGAGUUUUCCUCUUUUGGACAAAGAGGACGGUUCUAGAACAGCGAAAUGUUCGGCGAACAGUUUGAUGGGUGCUAGGGUACCAAAACAUCCGAUGAGUGCGAGAAUACCGAAACAUCCGUUCAUUUCGCUGAGUAAGGAUGAGUUGUACGAUCCGGAUGAUGAAGAGGAUGGAGAAUAUGUAGAAGGAGCAGAAGAAGCAGAAGAAAAAAAUGCAAAAGCAAAAGGAGUAAACGGAGUAGAAAGAUUAGAUGCUGUAAAAGGAGCAAAACGAGCAGAAGUAGUAAAAGGAGUUAAAGGAGUAAAAAGAGUAGAAGUAGCAGAAGAAUACGAAGGAGAAGAAGAAGAAGGACUAGAAGAAGAAGAACUAGAAGACGAAGAAGAAGAAUACGAAGAUGAAGUAGCAUACAGAGGAGUACCAUACAGAGGAUCAGCAUACAGAGGAGCAUCAUACAUAGGAGCAGCAAACGAAAAAGUAGAAUACAGAAAAGGAGUAGAAUACAGAAAAGGACUAGAAUACAGAAAAGGAGUAGAAUAUCGAGAAGCAUUAGAAGACGAACAACAAGAAGAAAGUGCAUCAGAAAGAAAAUCAAAAAAACCAUCAGAAAGAAUACCAGAAAGAAAAGCAUCAAGAGAAUCAGAUAAAAAAUCAUCAAAGGAAGCAGUAAGAACAUCAUCAAGAAAAUCCGAGAAAGAAUCAGAGAGAAGAGAAAAAAGAAAAGAAGACGACGAAAGAGUAAUAAUGCGAAAACACCGUGAACCUCGUGACACAUCAUUUCACUCAUCCGAAAAUGAAUAUGACGUGCCAAGAAAAUAUUUAUCCCGCUCCGAACCGGGAAUUCCCGACGUUAUUAAAUUCUCAUUCGAUUUGUGUCUGGAUGAAAUGAACAAUUACGAUGUUCCAAAAUUGAGACCCAAAUCGAGUGUCUAUGAAGAUGCACUAUCAUUGAAGAGGAGGAAUGCAGAUUUUGUUAAUGUCUCGGGAUCAUCGCAGGAUUAUUAUUCAUCGCCAAGUCCACCACAGUAUGCGACCAUUAAGUCCAAGAACAAAAGGUAUCUUAGUCCCGAGGUAUUUAGGUCUGCCGAUGAGCUUAGGAGUAUUUGCACAAAAGUCACGUCCUUCUAGUUUUCAAAGAACAAAAAAUAACAAAAAUGAAAAAAAGAAAAACUAUUUUUUUUUUGGUACGGUAGAAUCUCGAGUAUUUAUUCAGUAGUUUCGAGGAUUUUUCUUUUCUUCAAUUUUUCAUAAUUUGCGGAAAAUUAUUUCGUUUUCAUUAGAAAAUGGAACAAAUCCGAUAAAAAAGGAGACAAAAAAAAUUUUCGGCUUUUUGAAAAUUUAUAUUUUCAAUCCUCAAUCUAGCCAAACUGUAAACAGAUACGAAUUUUUUCAAUUCUCACACCAAAGGAUUUGUUCCAUUCUAAAUAUUGAAAAAUUGACAAGAAAAAUCUUAACACCAAAAAAUGAUAUUAUUCGGAAUAUUAUUAGUAAUGAAAUAAUUAUUAAUAACAUUGUUACUAAUAAUAUUGUUACUAGUAGUAUUGUUACUAGUAAUAUUAUUACUACUGGUAUUAUUACUAAUAAUAUUAUUACUAGUAGAAUUGUUACUAGUAAUAUUAUUACUACUGGUAUUGUUACUAAUAAUAUUAUUACUAGUAGAAUUGUUACUAGUAAUAUUAUUACUACUGGUAUUGUUACUAAUAAUAUUAUUACUAGUAGUUUUGUUACUAGUGGCAUUAUUUACUAGUAGUAUUGUUACUAGUGACAUUAUUACUAGUUGUAUUGUUACUAGUGACAUUAAUUACUAGUAAUAUUGUUACUAGUAACAUUAUUUCUAACAAUAUUUUUACUAACAAUAUUUUUACUAACAAUAUUUUUACUAAUAAUAUUAUUACUAAUAAUAUUAUUACUAGUAGCAUUGUUACUAGUAGCAUUGUUACUACUAAUAUUGUUACUAAUACUAUUACUACUAGUAGCACUAUUACUAACAAUAUUGUUACUAGUAAUAUUAUUACUAGUAGUUUUGUUACUAUUAAUAUUAUUACUAAUAACAAUUAUUACUAGUAGUAUUGUUACUAGUAGCAUUAUUACUAACAAUAUUGUUACUAAUAAUAAUAAUAGUAGUAGCAUUGUUACUAGUAGCAUUAUUACUAACAAUAUUGUUACUA